AUGACUUCUGACUCAGCACUGGAGAUAGGUCUUAACAAUGCUAAUGUAAGAAGUACUUCGAAUAUAGUGGAAACUAAAGAAGGGGAAUUUAUGCUCAGAAAUUUAAAAGUUCCAGAGUGUUUACAAGGUAAUAACAAGCACCCAAAGAAUAAAUAUUUGUGA